AAAUGUUCUGAUUCAAUUUUAUUUUUGAUUCAUCGAUUCAUCAUGUCUUUAAUUUUUGGAAAUCAAUCAGAUUUUAACCUGGACACACAUUCCGUGUUGACUGAGUUAGAUCGUAGUCUUCAUUCAUCAUCGAUUGGGGAUCAAUGUGAGGGAAUCGUCAAAGUUCCAUCAUUGUUUGAACGUUAUCCGUUCCCCAUUCUAAUCAACGCUGCAUCGUUAAAAUUGUCUGAACUUUUUCAAGAAGGCAGUAACUUUUUGCGGAUAUUAAUUCUACAAGUUUUCAAAGAAAGUGAAAAACAUUUGGACAAGAUAUUAAAUAUUGAUGAAUUUGUUCGGCAUCUGUUCGCCGUAAGCUAUUCAAAUGAUCCAUUGGCUCGUUCGAUUACAUUGCAAACAUUAGGCCAUAUUGCUCGUAUCGUAUGGAACAACAAAAAUAUCCAUCAUUUUAUUCGUAACAGUUUAGAAUCGAAUGAUGAACAAGAAGUUCAUGCCUCCAUCGAAGCCAGCGUACAGUUUGCUAAACAAUCGAAAGAAUUUGCCCAAAAUAUCUAUCCUAAAGUCAUCUAUAUGAUCGAAGGUUUAACCACACCGAUAGACAUUAAAAUCUGCUUACUCGAAGUGAUCAAUAAUCUUCAUCACAAUUUUGCGAUAGUCGAAGAUGCACGUAACAAAUUGAUUUCGUUUCUUGAAAAAUACCCCGAAAAAAAAUUUUUAUGUCAAAAUCUUCAUACCUUAACAUCAAUUGCUUCAUCAUCGAUUACUCAUAUACCGGAUCAAGUCGAAUUGUUGCUUGAAUAUUAUACAAAUGAUCCAAGAAUCAGUGUCAAAUUAUCCGUGUUGAAUGAUUUAAAGAGUCUGGCUAAAGAAAGCGCCCAUCUUUGGAAACCUGCAAGCAUAGACAAAUUUAUCAAUCUUAUUUUUGCUAAUUUGGACCUGAACAAUUUCUUUUAUUCAUUAAAUAGUAUGGAGCUGAAAGAAUCGCGUUUAUUGUGUCGAUCAUUGGCAGUAUUGAGCGAAUUAGUGGGUUCUCCAUCAGUUUUCAUUGAUAAUUCUCUUGUUUCAAUGGAUCACAUUGCUAAAAUUGUCAACUUUGGUACACAAAUCAUUUACCAGUCGACUUUGCAUGCUAUGUUUGCCGAAAAUCUACAAAUAUCUUUGAUAUCAAAAUGUUUUACUAUAUUAACAAAUAUCUGUUUACAUAUGGAUUCGAAAUCUAUUGAUAAUAUCGAUGUUCUUCAGGAAACCUGCUCUGCAUAUGAAUCAUAUUUUCUUGGAAAAUUCAGCACCGAAAUCGAUGAUAAAACGAGCAAAGAAGCUUUGAAAGAAAUAUUCAAAAGUUGCGUCACAUUAUGUCUACGACAAGAAUCAGAGCCUAGCCAAGUGCUUCAAAUAACUGAAGCUUUGCGAUUCAUACUUUUAAAAUCAAAACCUAAUAGUUCCUGGUACGAGAUGAUUUGUGAAACUAUAUGUGCGUUGUCUCUAGUUAUUCAGAAAAAUAAAAGUCUUUCGUCAGAUGAUAUAAUCGACAUGAUAAAAUCGAGCCAAAAAUCCAAAAAGAAAUCGUUUCCAAAAAAUGAUCGGCUUGCCAUCAAAUUGUUAAUCAUCUUUUUUCAAUUGAAAAAUGGUAGUGUGAUAAUGGAGAAAGAAUCGGUCAUUCUCCUCGACAGUCUAUCUAAAUACAAUGCCUGGGUCUGUUAUAAAAUUGUUCGAGCAGCGAUGCGUUAUGGCCAUCAUAAUUUUGCAACACAGUUAUUGAACAAAAUCAAACCAUCCACUGAAUCGAUUGAACAAUGCUAUUUCUGGAUCAAUAGUUUGCUACAGAUAACCGAAGCCGAGGCAUCGUUAAUUAAUGAAGAUCUUAUUAGAUUGAAAAGUGAUGAAUUUUUAUCUGUCAAUUACAAUUGUGAACAACUUGAACAUGGAUUGCUCAAGUGUAUUUCCACCUAUACGCAAGGUCUAACAAAUUUGAAAGCUUCGGUUUCGAACGUCAAGCCAAUGCACUUCCAAUGCGAAUUUGUUCGACUUCGUUUAAAAUAUCUUCAAGCUCAUAAACAUUUUCGUCAAUGUUGUCAGAUGAUUCAAUCAUCGCCAUGUCCAAUUUCACUCAUAUCGAAUGGUAAUCAAACUGCACAAUCUACCAAUUGCUGGUCGGAUGAUCUUCUUCGUAACGGACGAAUCGUAACAUCACUGCAAAAAUGUUCGCAAGAAUUUCGUCGCAUAUCGGAUAGUUAUAGUGCAUUAUAUCAAUCAUCUUUUGAUGCCGAUCCAAACACACUUUCCUAUAUUCAACUAUGUCAACACAGUUGUACUUUACUUGCCGAAGUAAUUGAGAAUCUAUUUCAAAAAAGUCAUCGCAUCGAUUCAUUAUUUCUGCGAUCUACUCGGACGAAUACAAUUAGUCCUGUCGAUCAAAUUAGAACGAUUAAUUCUGAUGAUUCGACCGCUGCAAGUAUAAUCGAACAGAAAGAAAUGGAAAAUGUUUGCGCAUUAAUCUCUGAUCUGGUGCAAAAAAAUGAAUUGAUGAGUUUGACCAAUGUUGAUCAAAGUCGACGAACCAACGGUCGACAAUUUUUAUCUUUAUUUGCUCGACAAAUUGAAAUGUUACUGCGAAUUAGUGCUCGUAUGUUGCUGGUUCCAUUAUCAUUUCCACGUUUCUUUUUUCAAGCAAUCCAAUCGACCAAUAUUAAAUUGGAAUUAUCAUCACAACAACCACGUAACAUACAAGAUACAAUCAACAUAGGUCAAAGUGUGCAAUUUGUACUUUACGUCGAAGGAGUUGUCAUCACUAAUCCAUCAAAAUUAAAAUUGUCUACAACAAAAAUGACACCGAUGUCAAUGUCAGAUCAUAGGCUUACAAUGCAAUCAAUGAUGAGAAUGAUACAAAAAGCGGACAAACAGUUGGGUGGACAAAAACGAACCAAUAUAUUCCGUAAAGUAAACAAAAUUCUUUUAACAUUGAAUGCAGUGCCAAUAAACAACGCAAACGAUAUGGCACAUAUGUCUCCGAUGCAAUCGACCAUUACGAUGCAUUCCAUUGUCGUACCAGUGAAUGAUUAUUUUCACACACAGUUUUUGUUAUCAUUUCCUAACAUUAACCUUUACAAUAUUUCAGUUGAGACAUCCAUCAUCGAUGAAAAUGAAGCACAAUGGAAAAGUGGCCCGAUUCAAACAAUCACAGCCAAAGUUGUUGAAGAUUAUAAAGCCAUUUGAUUAUUCAUAUCUUUUUUUAUACCAUAAAUAAAUCAUAUUGACAUAUGAA